GCUUCGUUCCUGUUUUUUUUUUUUUUUUGGAGUAAAAUAACGAAGCUGCUCCAGUGGAGUCACGUGUUUCCUGUCGCCAGACCCUUUGGAUCCUAAGAACUUUUAGGUCCUGGCAGUCAGGGGUGGAGGAGCUGUCUCACGAGGUUCACCGUUACGGACCGCUUCCAGCUUCCAGCAAAGAUGGCCACCUUUCGCCUGGGCUCCAGCUGCUCCUCACGUGGAAUUGCCAGCGUCCCUGAGCAGCACUACGACGUGCUGGAGCACGGUGAGGAAGAUGCUGCAGACCCAAACAAGUUGCUUCAGUGUCCAUAUGAUAAGAACCACCAGAUCCGUGCCAGUCGCUUUCCCUAUCACAUCAUCAAAUGUCGUAAGAACCACCCCAAGCUGGCUAGUGAGCUGAAAACAUGUCCCUUCAAUGCAAAGCACCUAAUAGCCCCCCAUGAGUUUUCGCACCAUAUUGCCAACUGUGUGAACAAGCAGGCAGUCAGUGCUGAUAACUCUGGCAGUGCUGAUAUGCAGCGAAAGUGGCACGUGCCUGUCAGCACGUGGACAAACCCUGACAGUGGGGAAGACUGGGAGAAAGAAAGUGAAGAGAUGCCAGAAACCCCUUUUGUCUGGGGGGUGUCAAACUGUCAACCUGACAGUAAGAGGCCACUUCCUGCUCCAUCAGACAAGCCAGUGGGCCUCCGUGCUCCAAGGACUUUGCCGUGGCAGAUGUAGGCAGUUUUGUGGGCCCGCUGUUCUACUCAUCUCUGAGGAGAAGCAAAGUGAUUCUUUUAAUUUUCUUUUAAGGUUUUGCUUUUUAAGCCUUUGCUUUUCAAUAAUAACAAUGCUUUUAAUUUCCCCCCCCCCCCACUUAAGCACACGUUUUGAAUUUCAUCGACACGCAUUAAAGUUUCUAUAGUAA